CUGUGGAAUAGAACAUUCUGCAAGUUACUACACUUACUUGCCCCUGUGCAGUAACAAAACAGGCUGCAGCUGGCUGGCUGGGGAGAAUACAUAGGACAGUAUGGAGGGGAAAAUGUUGGCUGCGUAUUUUGAUGCUCCAGGAGGGCCAGAAAAUCUGUACAUUAAAGACGUUACCAGACCGAUCCCAAAGGAAGGAGAGGUUCUUGUACAGGUCCACGCCAGCGCCCUGAACCGGGCGGAUUUACUACAGAGAAGGGGUAUGUAUGCCCUACCUCCUGGCGCCUGUCAGAUUUUAGGCCUGGAAGCAGCCGGCAAAGUGGUGGCACUUGGCCCUGGCACUGAUGAACGCUGGAAGAUUGGAGAUCGAGUGAUGGCUCUCCUCUCUGGAGGGGGCAACGCACAAUAUGUGGCAGUGCCAUCUUACCAGCUCAUGCCAAUUCCCUCUGGCAUGAGUGACACUGACGCUGCUGCCAUCCCUGAGGCUUGGCUCACCGCCUUCCAGCUGUUGCACUUUGUAGGAAAAGUACAAAAGGGAGAAACAGUACUGAUACACGCUGGAGCAAGCGGAGUGGGCACUGCCGCCAUCCAGCUGUGCCGCUUGGCAGGAGCCAUUCCUAUGGUAACAGCCGGUUCUGCAGACAAACUACAGCUCGCCAAGAAGCUUGGAGCUGCGGCUGGCUUCAAUUACAAAGAGGAAGAUUUCGGCAAGAGGUGCUUGGAGGCCUCCAACAAUGUAGGAGCGGAUAUUAUAUUAGACUGUGUGGGGGCCACGCACUGGCAGAAGAAUCUAGAGUGCCUUAAUACUGAUGGCCGCUGGGUGGUCUAUGGGCUCAUGGGUUCUGGUCAGAUUAACGGGGACCUGCUGUCGAAGUUACUGUGGAAAAGAGGGAGCAUCCUGGGCAGUCUCUUAAGAUCACGUCCAAGUAAGUACAAGGCGGAGCUGGUGAAGGCUUUCACGGAGCAGGCUCUGCCUUACUUUGCCCCCGGGGGUCCCACCCAUCUGCAGCCGAUAGUGGACAGCGAGUACCCUCUGAACCAGAUCGCUGAAGCGCACCAGCGCAUGGAGGACAAUAAGAACACGGGAAAAAUCGUCCUUCAAAUCCCGCAGUGAUAAUGGAAGAUGGAGACGGACAUUAUUAUAAUGGAAUAAUUACUAAAUGGAGAAAUGUCACUGACACCAGUGUGUGGAUCUAGAGCAGGGAUGGGGAACCUUUGGCCCUCCAGCUGUUGUUGAACUACACAUCCCAGCAUGCCCUGCAACAGUUUUAGCAUGGCCAAAUAGCAAAACUGUAGCAAGGCAUGCUGGUAUGUGUAGUUCAGCAACAGCUUGAGGGCCGAAGGUUCCCCAUCCCUGGUCUAGAGCCAAACUCCCUGCGUAUGCUCUAUACUGGAUUCAUGACACCAGACUCCAGAUAAUAGGACACUAACAAAGGAUGACUGUGCCUUGGAACGUUUGCCAUUACCCAUUUACCAUAGAUCACUGUCCUUGCCAGUUCAUUCACACAUUACUAUUUCAUUCUUCCAUGCAACGAAUAAUUGGCUAAUAUACAAUCUGUUUAUAUUAAUUACCAUACACAUCCAACCAAAGAUCUGCAAUACCUGAUACCUGAUAUGGGGAGAUGUAUCACUCCUUCCAAAGAGAAACCGCAGAGGUGUUGACCAUGUCGACCAAUCAGAUUCUAGCUAUCACUUUAUUAAAUGUACAAGAGAAAUGUCUGCUAAAAUCUGACUGGUUGCUAUAGGCAACACCUCACUUUUCCUCUAGAAGUUUUGAUAAAUCACCGCCGUAGUGUGAUAACGGGUAGAGCACCCACAUGGGCUGUCAAUCACAACACAGCCAAGAAACAAACGGUUAAGUGUUCUCAUACUGCAGUCGCUCAGGAGCGACCUGAUGGUGGACCCACAGCCAAACGGGCAUUACAGGCUUCUAUGUCUUACACAAACAUUGCGCUGUUUGGGUAUUGAUAGGACAUGUGACGAAGAUACUGCCAUAAAUGUAAUUUCUACUAUAAUGUUGAUUCUAUUCUACCUUUGAUGAUGUUUCUGACACAAGUUUAUUGUAGACGAGAAUAUCACUUCUAUGAAUGUAAUCUGUCCUACUUAAUUCAUUUAAAUAGAGGAGACGGGGGAUAAUUAUUCUUACAAUAACAUUUCCAGUUUAAUAUUUAAGUAGUGAUUCUGUUGACACGUUUGAAAUGCUAACAGUAACAAUGUCGACGUAGACAGUGCCGACAUGAACUUAAUGUCAUCCUGUUCAUUACGUCCACAGUCACAAUGCCGGCAGUACAUAUCACGGUUAGGGUAAGGAUUCUCUAAGGGCUCCCACACUGUAAAAAUGCGGUAUCGACGUGCCGACUGUCCAUGUUCAACAUUGUGUGUGUCAACAUGGCAUGUGUUGCCAUAAGGUGCACAUCAGUAUUCUGAAUGUCAAGAUUACGUAUCACACACUAAUAUUUUUCUUUCUGUGUUAUUGUACAAGUCCGGUGUGUUUUUAUAAAGAGUGGCCCUGUGUCACUUUGCUACUUGAUCCAUUUGCAGACGGAUUUUGGUAUAGACGAUCUACAGGAAUUAGAUAGACGGUCAUUUGGUCGACAUGCAUUAGGUCCACAGGGUCAAAAGGUCAACAUGGAAAUAGUCGACACAGGGUUUUUUGUGUGUAAUUUUCUAUGUUUCAUGAUAUGUGACCCCAAUUAUAGCAAACGUAGACCCACGGGCUCUCUUUGCUCGCCAUGCUUUGGGUUACUAUUCUUAACCCACGGGCUCUCUUUGCUUGCCAUGCUUUGGGUUACUAUUCCUAAUCGUAGUCCAUGUGGAUGGUAAAUCAAAAGCUGUAUGUGACAUCAUUUAGCUAUUACCCAUGGCUGCUCACUCCUGAUGCAUGUAGGCGUACAGACCCACACCGCUAAGGGACACUUAUGUUAAUAACGAAAUGCAUGUAGGCGUACAGACCCACACCGCUAAGGGACACUUAUGUUAAUAUCGAAAUGCAUGUAGGCGUACAGACCCACCGCUAAGGGACACUUAUGUUAAUGAAGAAAAUGUAUCACCAGAUUUUCCCAAGACUUUUUUUUGCAUACAGACAUUAUGGGGCCGAUGCAGCAUUGUUGCUAGUGAUUGGUUACUAUUUGUGGGAACGCUUUCCGCCCCCGUCCUCCCUCUAUGCCGAUAUUAUACAGAUUUAUGUUCAUGAUUUUUAUGCCAACUCGUUAUUCAUCUAUAAAUAUUUGUGAUGUUCUAUGAAUUAAACAUUCCUACUUUAUAGUUA